CGGCAGAUAUCGAACAGUACGUUUUAAAGCAUUUGGCAUUACAGAUGCAAUUACCGCAUUACGCUAUUUGCUGCAACACACGCUUUACAUCGCGGAUAACUGACAACAUCCUAUACAUUACUUCGCCCCGGAAGUUGCAUCCUAAUUUUCCUCGAGCUGCUGACAAAACAAUAUGUUGCGGUAAUUGCCACUUACUUUCCGGCGGCCUAGCGCUAGGUGUCCUCCAGCCAUGGCGGAAAAUUACAUCCGCGGAGCUCUACUGGGUCAGGGCACCUUCGCGGCUGUGUAUAAAGGGGCUGAUAAAAGGACGGGCAAGCCAGUAGCCCUUAAGGAGAUUUUUCCCGACGAAAAGAGCACCGAUGGCAAAAAGGGCCUGGACCCCACCGCCCUGCGCGAGAUCAAGCUGCUGCGCGAGCUGCAGCACCCGCACGUCAUCCGCCUGCUGGAUGCCUACCCCAAGAAGAAGUCCGUGGUGCUGGUCCUGGAGUACAUGCACAGCGACCUGGAGGCGGUCAUCAAGGACGGCAACCUGGUGCUGGCGGCGGCGGACGUGAAGAGCUACGUGCGGCAGCUGAUGGAGGCGCUGGCGGCGUGCCAUAAGCGCUGGGUCCUCCACCGGGACAUCAAGCCCAACAACUGCCUCAUAGCGCCCGACGGCCGACUCAAGCUGGCGGACUUUGGACUGUCCCGCGUGUACGGCAGUCCGGAGGGGCGCCUCACACACAAGGUGUUCGCCCCCUGGUACCGCGCCCCCGAGCUCUUCUUCGGCGCGCGGCAGUACAGCUCCGCAGUGGAUAUGUGGGCGGCGGGCUGCAUCAUGGGGGAGCUGCUGCUCAGGAGGCCGCUGUUCGACGGCCUGUGCGACAUCGAGGUGCUGUCCAAGGUGUUUGCGCUGUGCGGCUCGCCGGGCGUGGAGGGCAACUGGCCGGCAGCCCGCGAGCUGCCCUACUUCCUGCAGUUCACGGAGACGUGGCCGCUGCCGCUGAGGCAGGUGUUUCCGGCGGCCAGCGGUGACGCCCUGGACCUGCUGGGCCGGCUGCUGCAGCUGGACCCGCUGCGCCGCAUCUCCGCCGCGGAGGCGCUGCGGCACCCCUACUUCUCCAACAACCCGCCGCCCACACCGCCCGCGCUGCUGCCGCGGCCGGCCAGGAGGGAGGAUGCGCCGCUGGGAGGGGCAGCGGCGGGGGGAGCGGCGGGGGGAGCGGAGGCGGGCGGUAGAGGAGUCAAAGGCGGCCGCGAGCGGCCCUCCCCCGCCGCCUCCUCGCCCCGCCCCGCCAAGGCGGCUCGCCGCUCGGGAAGCGCCAGCGCUGAGGCCGCGAUGCUGCGUGCAUCACCACGGAUGCAGCACUGAGCAGCGGGCAUGACACCCGGGUUGUUGAUUGGGUAGAGUUGGGGGUAGUGGUACAGUGCCCCCCUGAUGGAAUAGUGGUAAAGCAGCUAUAGAGCUGAAUGGGUGUGCGCGUGGGGGGAAAGUAAUGAAAAGAGGAAAGUAUUGAAUGGUGGGGGGGCCGUGUGGAGGAGUAUAGCUGUGUGAUCCCCGUCUCGGUUGUGGCGUCUUGGGCUAGGUAUGUUGCCGCGCAAGGCGUUUGGGCAUGGAACUGCCACGGCUAGGGUUGAGAGGGUUGGCCAGAGCUAGGCAGAAGCGUGUUGUCAUGCGUGCUCGCAGGAAUGUUAACAGGCAGCGGAGCGCUGUUGUGGCGCAGGGAGUACGUAGGUGGCCUGCAGCCCUGCACGAGUUUGGGUGGUGCUGCGCAGGUUUUAGGGGAGGUCUCAGGAGAGGACUUGGAAGAGGUGUCAGGAUUUGGGGGCCAUCAGGGCCAGCUACACGUUGUUGGUUGUCAAGGGGUGCAUCAGCGAUGUGGCUGCUGGCCGGUUAACCUGGCUGCUGGCCGGUUAACCUUGCAGGAUGUGGAGUAGGAUGUGGUAGGCUAAGCGGCAGGCGUCUUAGGUUGCAGCUAUGCGGAGAUAGUAUCGUUUAAAUUGUAGAUGGGAUGAGUCGUGAACGUCAUCGGGUGGCAGGGAAUACUUGACGUGAUAUGGUGCAUGGAUGAGGGUACUAGGAGGGGUUGCCCAAGGUGGCUCAGAGCCUUAAUCAGUUUGGCAAUGCCCAAGGUACAACCUUGCCUAUAUUCGCUACACUGCGUGGAGGCAACGCUCAAAGUUCGGGCUUCGGGCUGUGACAGUGCGUUCUUUUCGCCAAUCUAAGGCAGGUCUUCCCCAUGCUAGUAUACCGUUCGUUCCAUAAUUCUACUUAACGCGAGAUGCCCACUUCGGCAAUCACGGCAACAUCGUUAAGUAACAC